AUGGAACCCCCCUCCAGCUCUGGCUUCUAUGUGAGCCGUGCGGUGGCCUUGCUGCUGGCUGGGCUGGCUGCCGCACUCCUGAUGGCGCUGGCAGUGUUAGCUUCUCUGUAUGCCCACUGCGCGCGUGUCCCGCCGUCGGAUCAGCGUAGCCUAGAGGUCCCAAACGCCGCGUCCUUCUCUCCCCUCGGGCAGGAGGGGCCAUCGUCAACGCAGGAACCCCGCACUACUAGUGAGCCGCAGGUGACAGCCACCUCGCAAGACUGGCGACCUCCGGGCCCCUGGGACCAGCUGCGCCUGCCACCCUGGCUGGUGCCGCUUCACUAUGAUCUGGAACUGUGGCCCCGGCUGCAGCCCGAUAAGCUCUCCGUGCCGUUGUUGCGAUUCAGUGGUCGAGUGAACAUCACGGUGCGCUGCGCGGUGUCCACUAAGAGACUGCUGCUACACAGCCUCUUCUUGGACUACGACCGCGCUGAAGUGAGGGGUCCCCUGUCCCCAGGCACUAGGAACGACACCGUGGGCGGCGUGCCGGUGCAUGAUGUGUGGUUUGCUAUGGACACUCAAUAUGUUGUGCUGGAACUCGGUGAAGCUCUACAGCCUGGUAGCCGCUAUGAACUGCACCUCAGCUUCUCUGGCCCAAUAUUCCAGGAAGUCAGGGAGGGGCUCUUCCUCAACACGUACACCGACCAGGGCGAGCGCAGGGCCCUCUUAGCAUCUCAGAUGGAACCAACAUUUGCCAGGAGUGUUUUUCCUUGUUUUGAUGAGCCAGCUUUGAAGGCAACUUUUAAUAUUACAAUUAUUCAUCAUCCAAGCUAUGUGGCCCUUUCCAACAUGCCACAGCGAGGUCAGUCUGAAAAAGAAGAUGUGAAUGGAAGCAAAUGGACUGUUACCACUUUUUACACCACACCCCACAUGCCAACCUACUUGGUCGCACUUGCCAUAUGUGAUUAUGACCAUGUCAGCAGAACAGAAAGGGGCAAAGAGAUACACAUCUGGGCCCGGAAAGAUGCCAUUGCAAAUGGAAACGCAGACUUUGCUUUGAACAUUACAGGUCCCAUCUUCUCAUUUCUGGAGGAUUUAUUUAAUAUCAGUUAUCCUCUUCCCAAAACAGAUUUAAUUGCCUUGCCUGUUUUUGACAACCGUGCAAUGGAAAAUUGGGGACUACUGAUGUUUGAUGAAUCAUUAUUGUUGCUGCUACCAAGUGAUCAACUGACCGAGAAAAAGACUCUGAUCUCCUACAUUCUCUCCCAUGAGAUUGGACACCAGUGGUUUGGAAACUUGGUUACCAUGAAUUGGUGGAACAAUAUCUGGCUCAAUGAGGGUUUUGCAUCUUAUUUUGAGUUUGGAAUAAUUAACUACUUCAAUCCUAAACUUCCAAGAAAUGAGGUCUUUUUUUCUAACUUUUUACAUGGUGUCCUCAAAGAAGAUCAUGCCCUGGUGUCUAGAGCUGUAUCCAUGAAGGUGGAAAAUUUCACAGAAACAAGUGACAUAAAUGAGCUCUUUGACUUAUUUACGUACAACAAGGGAGCAUCUAUGGCCCGGAUGCUUUCCAGUUUCCUGAAUGAGCAUUUAUUUAUCAGUGCACUUAAGUCAUAUUUGAAGAUGUUUUCUUACUCAAAUGCUGAGCAAGAUGAUCUAUGGAGGCAUUUUCAAAUGGCCAUAGAUAACCAGAGUGAGAUCCUUUUGCCAGCAACAGUAAAAACUAUAAUGGACAGUUGGACACACCAGGGUGGUUUUCCAGUCAUCACUUUGAAUGUGUCUACUGGUUUCAUGAAACAGGAACCAUUUUAUCUUGGAAAGGCUGAAAAUCAGACUCUUCAAGCCCACAAUGACACAUGGAUUGUCCCUAUUCUUUGGAUAAAAAAUGGAGCUCCACAAUCUUUAGUCUGGCUAGACAAAAGCAGCAAAGUAUUCCCUGAAAUGCAAGUUUCAGAUUCUGACCAAGACUGGGUGAUUUUAAAUUUGAAUAUGACUGGCUAUUAUAGAGUUAAUUAUGAUAAAUUAGGUUGGAAAAAAUUAAGCCAACAGCUUAUGAAGGACCCUAAGGCCAUUCCUGUUAUUCACAGACUGCAGUUGAUUGAUGAUGCUUUUUCCUUGUCUAAAAGCAAUUAUAUUGAGAUUGAAACAGCACUUGAUUUAACCAAGUACCUUGCUGAAGAAGAUGAAAUCAUAGUAUGGUAUGAAGUCUUGGUAAACUUGAUAACCAGGGAUCUUGUUUCUGAUGUGAACGACUAUGAUACAUACCCAUUAUUAAAGAAGUAUUUAUUAAAAAGGCUUAACUCAAUAUGGAAUAUUUAUUCAACAAUAAUUCUUGAAAAUGUAGCAGCUUUGCAAGAUGACUAUUUGGCUCUAAUAUCACUGGAAAAAGUUUUUGGAGCUGCAUGUUGGUUGGGUCUUGAAGACUGUCUCCAGCUGUCAAGAGAACUCUUCAGAAAAUGGAUGAACCAUCCAGAGAACGAAAUACCUUAUCCAAUUAAAAAUGUGAUUUUAUGUUAUGGCGUUGCCUUGGGAAGUGAUAAAGAAUGGGACUUUUUGUUAAAUGUCUACAUUAAUACAACAAAGGAGGAGGAAAGGAUCCAACUUGCUUAUGCAAUGAGCUGCAGUAAAGACCCAUGGAUACUUAACAGAUAUAUGGAGUAUGCCAUCACUACAUUUCCAUUCACUUUUAAUGAAACAAAUGUAAUGGAAGCUGUGGCAGCAUCUGAAAUUGGCCGGUACAUAGCAAAGGAUUUCUUAAUCAACAAUUGGCAAGCUGUGAUUGAAAG